AUGGACGAAGAAGAGGACGACUUUUACGACCCCGUCGACUCGGUGCCGACUACUCAGGUUGCGAACGAUGGCGCCAAUGCAGCCCCAGGCCAACCGCAGGAGAGCGACGAGAUGGAAGAAGAAGAGGUCGAAGUUGAAUCGGACGACGACGAUUUCAAUAUUAUCACAGAAGCACCUGCUGAUGCGCCUCAAGAAGCCUCUCACCCACGCCAUGCAAGCUUACGACAAGAGCCACAACGGCCUUCCUCAGCCGACUCAUCUGCCGUCUCGAAAUCCGGCACUCCUUCUGCAACACCUCCCACGAAACCUACCGCGCCUCAGAAGCCUGGCUCUGCGUAUCCAGCAAUCCACACCUCUACAAUUGAUGUGAAUGGAAACCCUGUGCAUCCGUCAACAGGGAAGCCGAUCAUGGCCACCGACAUGGACGUCGACUUUCCUACAGACGAUAAGCCCUGGCGCCGUCCGGGCUCCGAUGUUUCGGACUUCUUCAAUUACGGCUUUGACGAAUUCACCUGGGUCAGCUACUGUCUGAAACAACAAGGGACGCGGAAGGAAGUUGGGGACCAGAAGAGGCAGAUGGAUGACAUGCAGUCUUUCUUGGGAAUGGGCAUGCCCCCAAUGCCCGGUGCGCCUCCGGGACCAGCUCCAGCGGCAAACGCCCCGCAGGCCAUGGCCGGUAUGCCCGGUAUGCCCGAUAUGAACCCAGAUAUGAUGCAGGGCAUGCUACAGGCCAUGAUGGCUCAGGGAAUAGAUCCUUCUUCUAUGGACCCCAUGGCCUUUAUGCAGCAUGCGCAAGCGAUGAUGGGAGGGCAGCCCGGUGGCGGUGCUCCACAAGCACAACCUGGGUUUGGCGGCCAGGGACAAGGAGCCGGUUUUGGGCAAGGAGGACAGGGGCAGAUGGGAUACGGAGGCUACGAACAGCGUGGAAAUUAUGGAGGCGGAGGGCGCGGCCGCGGGAGGAGAUGGUAG